AUGACGCAGGUGCCGAUGAUUUCGGUGCCGCUCAAGGCCACGAACGAGAUCGACUGGGUGACCCCUCUCAAGACAUACAUCCGGGACACCUAUGGGGAUGACCCUGAGCGCUAUGCCGAGGAAUGCGCAACCCUGAACCGGCUGCGCCAGGACAUGAGGGGCGCUGGCAAGGACAGCACAGCAGGGCGGGAUCUGUUAUAUCGUUAUUACGGCCAGCUCGAGCUGCUGGACCUACGGUUUCCCGUUGACGAGCAGCACAUCAAGAUAUCUUUCACUUGGUUCGACGCAUUCACACACAAGUCGACGGCGCAAUACUCCCUAGCUUUUGAGAAGGCUUCCGUCAUAUUCAAUAUCUCUGCUGUACUAUCCUGCCAUGCUGCCAACCAGACGAGAUCUGAGGAGGCGGGCCUCAAGGCUGCCUACCACUCCUUCCAGGCUUCCGCUGGCAUGUUUACUUACAUCAACGAGAAUUUCCUGCAUGCCCCAUCGUCUGACUUGAGCAGGGAAACUGUGAAGACCCUAAUCAGCAUUACGCUGGCCCAAGCACAGGAGGUGUUUCUGGAGAAGCAAGUGGCGGAUAACAAAAAGGUCGGAAUGCUGGCCAAGCUCGCCGGCCAGGCAGCUUAUCUCUACUCUCAAGCUCUCGAGGGCGUCCAAGAGAACGUCAACAAAGCCAUUUUCGAAAAAGUCUGGCUACUGUUCGUGCAGAUCAAAUACAACUUACUAGCGUCUCAGUCACAAUACUAUCAAGCUCUGGCUGAUGACGAUGCCAACUCACACGGUGUAGCCGUUGCUCGGCUGAAAGCAGCUGAAGUCCAAGCAAAAGAGGCCAACCGAGUUGCAUCCAAUUUCCCCAGCUCUAUGCCUCCUAGUUCGAAUCUGAGCCCCGAGACUGGUGCGCUUCUGGCUGAUAUUGCCAAGCGGAAUCUGACCGCUGUCCAAGAGAAGCUCGGGGAGUUGUCAAAGGACAAUGACUACAUCUAUCACCAGCCAGUCCCUGCCGAAGCCAGCUUAGCACCAGUACCAAAGCUGCCAGCGUCAAAACCUAUACCCGUCAGCGAACUUUACGCAGGCCAGGACAUUCAACGGAUUACAGGGCCCGACCUUUUUGCGAAGAUCGUUCCAUUAGCUGUCACGGAGUCGGCGAGUCUCUACGACGAAGAGAAAGCCAAACUCGUGCGAGCCGAGUCAGAAAGGGUCGAUCUUGCAAAUAGUGAGAUGGCGGCGAGCCUGGACUAUUUGCGCCUGCCUGGGGCACUUCAGGUCUUGAAGGGCGGUGUUGACCAGGACAUUCUUCCAGACGAGGACUUCCGGACGUGGUGUGACGAUGUAGCCGGCCAUGAGAACCCCAUCUCCAUUUUCGAUACCCUCCGGAUAGAUAAGGACUCCAUCGUCAAUGCACUCGACAAAAGCUCUAAACAGCUGGACAUGGAGGAAAGUGUGUGUGAGAAGAUGAGAUCAAAAUAUGAGAGCGAGUGGACACAACAACCAAGCUCCAGGCUCACUACAACCUUGAGAGGAAAUAUCCGAAAUUACAGGGAAGCACUCGACGAGGCAUCCAAGAGCGACGGUCAGCUGUAUGCUAAAUUCAGACAAAAUGAGCACGAUUUUGAGGAGAUGCGGGUCGCUGCGCAGAGUGGUGAUGCUGACGCUCUGUUUCAACGUGCUGUCAGUAAAGUUCGGGGCCAGUCGAGUAACGCUACGAGCCCGCUGGGCGGGGAACCCAACUUGCUUGACGCAGAUUUUGAAGAUGGCAGUCUGAGCGUUGCGGAUCAGAUCAACCGGGUAGAAGACAUCUUGAAGAAGCUGAAUCUUAUCAAGAGGGAAAGGAUCCAGGUGCUCAAGGAUCUGAAAGACAAGGUGCAUAAUGAUGACAUCUCACAAAUUCUCAUUCUCAACAAGAAGUCGAUCCCAAAUUACGAGAACCAACUUUUCCAGACCGAGUUGGAAAAAUUCCGGCCUCACCAGAACCGCCUGUUACAGGCCAACCACAAGCAAUCUUCCCUGAUGAAGGAGCUUACCGCCACCUUUAACAACUUGCUCCAGGACAAGCGCGUACGAUCUGAACAGAGCAAGUAUGAGGCUAUCCAACGGCAACGAGCCUCCGUCGUCAACCGAUAUAAGAGGGCUUACCAGGAGUUUCUGGAUCUGGAAGCCGGCCUCCAGAGCGCUAAGAGAUGGUAUGCGGAAAUGAAGGAGACCGUUGACAGUUUGGAGAAGAACGUGGAGACGUUUGUCAACAACCGCCGUUCUGAAGGCGCCCAGCUCCUGACUCAGAUUGAGCAAGACAAAGCCACGAACAAGAGCCAACAAGCCGAGGUCGAACGUGAGCGCCUCCGUGGCCUUAUGGAACGGAUGUCAAUGGACCCUGCCUCAUCUCCGUCACCUAAACCUGGGUCGACGAGACCCGUUCCAUCGCCUCUCAACUUCUCGCAAAACCAGGCAGCGUACCCACCACAGAGCAGCACUCCGCGAUAUCCUCAGGCAUCGUUCAGUGGACAGUACCAGGUUGCUUCUUCGCCUGCUCCAUCACAGACUACGUUCCCAUCGUACUCUAGUCCGCCGCCAAACCCCUCGUUUGCGUCAACUCCACAACCGCACGCCCAGCAGUAUGGACAACAACCUGCUGCCUACAAUCCUAGUAGCUGGGGACGAAACCCAGGCCCAACCUCACCGCCGCCGACGCAGACCACCUUUGGUAUGGGCGGGCGGGGCCCAGCAUCGCCUCCUCCUACACAGGCAUCAUUCGGCCACACCCAGCCGUACAACACCUAUGGCAAUCCACAAGCGCAGCAACAAUAUGGCAACCCACACGCACAGCAACAACCUCAGACUCAAUACGUCCCUCCUGGAUUCGUACCGCCUCCACCUCCUCCAGGACCCCCGCCGUUGGGACCGCAGCAGACAAUGCACUAUGCCCAGCAAGGCCAGGAGUAUUAUGGUCAGCCCCAGAGUGCUGCACCACAAAGUUCUAUGUCUAGGAGCGCGCAACCUCAACAAUCACAGGAUCCAUGGGCCGGUUUGAAUCAAUGGAAGUAG